GCGGCCGGAGCUCGGCAGUUCAGUCGAGGCACGACGAGGCACGCGUCGAGAAGGUUAGGGAGAGACACACGUAUAUUAUACUCGCGCGCGCAGUAUAGUCUGAGUCAAGGAGAGGCUGAACGCGCGCAGUUAUUACUCACACAUAUAUACAGCUAUAUACGUACGAGCAAAUACACAGCCCUUGCAACAACAGUGUGUGCUUCGGGAAAAAUAUACCAGUACCUACGUCGAUACAUAGAUCCACACAUACACACACACACACACAAAGAUACGUACGAGAGUCGUUAUUACAUAUACGCGUGUACGCAGUGCCGGCCGGAUAUACAAGUAGUGCGCGGACAACGGACUGCAGGAGACGCUUCGCUCUUGUUUUAUUUUUUUAUUUCCCAUCUUCCCCCCUCUCUCUAUCUCUGAAUCUCGUGUGUGCAGUUUUCAAGCUGGUGCUGCUCGGAAGCUAAAGUAUAUAUAUAUAUAAGAUACAAAACAACAACACACACGGCCCGCCCAUCUCUCAGCCGCACUUCCUAUACGUGUUCAUUUGGUUGAUAUUAUUUGUCUGUGCGGAAGAGAGCCGAGAGUUAACUGUGCAGUUCACCGUGUGUACCUGCGACCGCCCAGCAGAGAGAGGAUAUCCACGCUGCAACAGCGGGCCCACGAGCUUUUACGAUCACGGUAAGCGUCGUGUACUUCCCCACCACAGUGUGUUUUUCCAGUCACGCGAGCCUUUAUCUCUCUUAACGAAACGUAAGCACCUUGUUACUCUGGAAAGCGGACGCGCAUGUCUACGCGUGCAGCUGUAUAGACUCGCAUCGGAACAUAGAGCAUAGAGUCAUGGAGACAAACGGAGAAUUAGUAGCGCAAACCUCGUCGCCAGUGAAAAAGAAACGAAGGAAGGCCAAACGUAUUAGUUACAAGACAAAAAGAGCUGGGAAAAGAGUCGCGAGAGCCAAAAAAGUGGAAGAUGACGAAGAGCCAGCGAAAGAGGCGGCAGCAGCUGAGCCAGUUGAGAGUGAAGAGCAUUCGGAAUCAUUAAUGUCGGAAAACGAUAAUCCAGUGACGUCACCGCCGAGAAAAGAGCCAGCCACGAACAAAGGCAAGAGGGAAAUCUUGACCCAAAGAGUAAACGACUUGAUCAGCGAAGAGGAAAGGAAACAGAUCGAGUCGCAUUAUUACGUCGACCUGUCGUUUGUCGACAAGAAAAAAGUUAAAAAGAGCAUCAUCAUGGACGGCAACGUCUAUCGUUGCACGCUUUGCCAAACAGCUUAUCCGAGACUCGACAAGUGUCAAGUCCACGUUUGGCGUCACUACAACAUGUUGCCGUACGUUUGUUACGCCUGCGACUUUAAGACACUAACCGUAACCAGUAUACGCGGCCACAUUAGGAAAUUCCACCUUAAGCUGAAACCGUUUAAGUGCGAUCAAUGCGACAAAAGCUAUGCCGUCGCUGGCCUGCUGAAAGAGCACAUGAUUACGCACGAGAACGCGAGCUCGCUGACUUAUCGAUGCAACUAUUGCGAUUUCUCGUGUCUGAACAAGCGAGUGCUCGCCUCUCACAUGACCAAACACAAAUCGGAAAAGGACGUUCUGUGCGACAUAUGCGGCAGGGGCUUCUACACGACGAAAAAAAUGCGCGAGCACCGGAACACCCACGAAGAGUCGAACGCCAUAAAGUGCGACAUUUGUCAGGCGUACGUCUCGUCGGAAAAAGCUCUGCGUCGUCAUCACGCGAAAGUCCACAUGCAGGACUACAUUUGCAGUACCUGCAACAAGAAGUUCACGACCCGGAAAGCUCUGCAUAAUCACGUAUACCAAGUUCACUCGGAAGGAAGACACGCGUGUCAGCUGUGUAAAAAGGUCUAUAAGAACAGUUCGAUGCUGCAAGAUCAUAUUUUGAAGCACCAGGGAAUAAGAAAGUACAAAUGCCAAGUUUGCGGCAAAGCCUUCGCCCAGAGGACUCACGUUACGACACACAUGGCUGUGCACGAUAACAGAAGACAUGAGUGUCCAGGCUGUCACAAAGGAUUCAACCGACUGGACAAUAUGAAGGCUCACACGAAAAAUUGUGCCCCGUUCUUAGCCAAUCCCGAACUGGCGAAACUUUUGGCGACUAGGAAGUACAGAUCGGAGAGAAAUAAAAAGCAAAACAAACCAGCUGAUUCUCAGCCUAUUUUAGAUACUAGUGAAGCUGUUAAUAUAACUAUUAAGGUCGAGCCUACCCUCGAUCCGGAUAUAAAUAUCAAAGUCGAAUCGGAAGAUGAAUCGAAUUGAACGAAUUCGUGUGACGUAACUCUCAAAGUUCAAAGGCUUUUGAAGAAGCGAUUUUUCUUUUAGAUUUUAAUAUCGGACUAGUAAGUCUUUAUAAGACUUGUAUGUAUAAGUAUUUAACGGUAACGCUGUCGAUGUACAAUAAUGUAAAGUUAGUCAGUUUUUAGGGGUUGUUCAUAUACCAGCGAGUUAUAUUGCUUUUUCAACUGUAUUUAUGUAAUAUCGUUUAUUCGCAAACUUUUAGUAUUGUAGCGUACCAAAUAUCCUUUUAUUCUAAUUUAAGAUAAAACUAGCGAGUAUUUUCAAAGCGACUUGGCUAUUUACACGUUUUUAGUAUUUUUAAAUUAUAUCUAUCACCAUAUACACGAAAACGAGAUCUUUUUAUAAUCGAUGUACUUCAAUGUGUAAAUUGAUACAAAUCUUACAAACUAAUCAAGUUUUCCAACGUGAUUGUGAUGUCGGCUACUGCCAAGGUUUAUCGUGCCUUAUAUACACGUGUAAGCAUAUGUAAUUUCACAAGCUAUUAAACGACCUCUUGUUA